AUGAUUUAUCACAUCUGUCGGGGUAGCGUAAGGCGCACAAUUAUACAUGUUAACACACCGGAUAAUAACCGAAGCGACUCAUGUCGCCAACAGAGCGUAGUGGUGGAGAGCGACGACCACACGAGCGUGCUGAUGGUGACGCGAGCCAGCCGUCACCACUCCGGAAACUACACCUGCGCCCCGUCCAACGCGAAGCCCACCUCUAUCCUUGUCCAUAUCCUUAAUGGAGAAUACCCCGCGGCCAUGCAGCACGGCGUGUCAUCGUGCAUGUCCCCUCCCUCCCUGGUGACCGUGGCACUCGUGGCACUGCUUGCUCAAAUGACAGCAGCCUUGACGCUGACCUUGCACCUGCCGUUGUCGUCUCCGAGGCAGCAUCGAAGCUCCACGCGCACCACUCUUCAUAAAACGGAGGGCAAGACCGCGGCCGAGCGAUGGGAGGAGUCUUUGAGACCUUCCGACGCCCAGGGAGGACCACGUGGGCGGGGAGGCACUGGCAACAGCUUACUUGCCACGCCUACACAACGCGAAUUUUCAUAGUGGAUAAACCAGUGUUGCCAAUCUAGAAAUGACUGUCCUUUAUAAGGUGGAGUGUGAAGUAUUUUAUCUCGCUGUGCACACGGUCAGCAUAUUUUCUCUGCCAUGCGAGAAAUAACAGACUUCCAGUCCAAUGCGAAUGGACAUUAUCAUGUUUUAUACUAAGGGUUAAUUACAACAUAUGAUAUUUAACUUUUAAACCCGGGUCCAUGAUGUCGAAAGAGAAUAUAGUGACUACAUAUGUUCAUGACUUAUACGAUGGUUUUCUCUCCGUUAAUAUGUAUAUAUGUUUACUUCGAACCCAGCCUUGCAUACAAACUGAUGAUGUGUAAAGAUACAGUAGAUUCGAAUGGUUAUCGGCCUUAAAGUGUAUUUGGAUUCGUGCUAGUAGGAAAUAUAGAAAAUAUACCUUUUUAUUGAUAAUAGUCCUUUUUACAGCCAAGUUGAAUCUGGGAGGUAGAUGCUAUGUCAUAACAUGCAGUGUUUGUAAUACCAUACUAAAAUACAAAUUGCUAUAUUCAUUUUGUAAUAAAAAGUUAGAAUAAUAGAAGUUUUAUUAAGAUAAUACAGGUACUUUGACGGCGAUACAUUUGAAUGUUUCUGUUCAGUGAGUAUCAGAAACAAGAAUGUAGUAUGCAAGAAUGUUUGUAUGAAUAACCAUGUAUAUAUACAUAUAAAUAGGACCGUGAGAGUAUGCAAGUGUACAGUAAUAUUUACGUGUGGCGGUUGUAUGCAUGGCGGGACGAGAGAGCAGUGGCGUGGAAGUUCGCCCUCAUAUUUUAUACUCAGAAAAUACCUACAGAAGAUUGCCGCAUAAAGUCUGAACAUGUAGAGGUAAAUAGAAAUACAAACCCGGGUUUAAAAGCUGUCUCAUGAAGUAUUUCAUAGGAGCAUAUACAUAUGUGUAAAUAUAUAAACAGCUGAGUUGUGUUUAAGUAUGACUGAACACAGAUUUCUUUGACUAGAAUAUUUGUAUCAGAUUCGGUAGUGAACGAGUAUAAGGUGGUGUUAUACACUUCCCGCUUUGAGAACAUAGGAGUUUCACACAAGGAAAAUAACACAAUAAAAAACGUAAGCAUUCACACAAACAAAUUUACGCGCAUAUAAACACGGACAAUUUCCCCACACAUAUAAAAGGAAUAGACAGGAACGUAAAUAAUAUUUGUGUUUGCAUAUCCAUUGCGCAUAAAAACCUACGUGUGGGAAGUAAGAACGAUAAAUGUGGAUUAUUGUUUCAUUUGGCAUGCUUUACAAAAAUUAAUGGUAUUGACAGAUCUCUUUCUUUAAUUCACACAUCCACAUUAUACCAUUGAAUAUCUUUUCGCAUUUUUAUGUUUGUGUACUCAUUUGUGUUGAUCCAGCAGCUGCUAAACUAUAACAAAAUGAAGAACAGCAAUAGUUCUAGUCUCAUAAUAUUCCUCAGCAUAGCACCAACAUUUGUCUUCGAGUAUACAUUUUCAUAUACUCAUGUACACUGACUCACAAAUCUACCCUCACACUCGUGCACAUCCAUAACAAAUAAAUGCAGUUACAACAGACAUAUCUAUAUAAGAAUAAAUAAAUCACAUAUAAACACACAAACAAACUAAUCGAUUGUUCAGUGCGAUAAGACAACAUCUGUCGGCUGCUUGGAUGUCGGGACAUACAAUUCUUUGUGAAAUAUUUAUGUUGCGCAACUAAAAGAUACCGUAGCAAAGAAAGAGGGAAAAAGAGUGAAAAAUGACCCAUUCCCUGUGCGUUCUGGGUAGCCUCCAUAAAUAACUUGUCUCAAGCAGAAACCAUCUGUUUCGAUACUGCCAGGGAGAUUAUCUUAUACCCAGUAGCUGUUUAUCUCAUAAGGUUACAUUCUAGCGUUGUUAUAUUGCACCUAUAUCAAUUCUUAACGAGUCUCCCCUAUUGGUCAUCUCGGACCCGUUGUUUGUAAGGUUAGAGAUCUUUCUAUAUAUAUUUUUUUUCCUGGUGAUCUACUUUCCUUUUAAAAAUAAAAGGUGUACAUUCCUCACACCGUCAUAUCCAUAUAGAAAUUCGUAGUCUCUUGUUUUUCACUCUUCCAGAUAAACAAUUUAUUUCUUUUCCGCUUUCAUUGAUCUUGAAUAGUGAACGCUUUUACUAAUGCGUCAAUUACAUUUUUUUAUGUUAUACCAGUCAUACAUACUCCAAAAAAAGGAAAGCUUGUGACCAUUUCCUUUCCAAAAUUACGAUGCUUCAUGAAUACUCUGUUAGUGUAUUGUCCUUAUAAUGUAUCACUGCUGAUUUUAAUUAGACACAAUAUUGUUUAAAUAUGUUGUUCAUUUUAUUCUAUACUUUUCAGAUUUAGAUUAUCAGAUAUUCAGAUUGUACAUAUAAAGGUAUACCGAUCAUUCUUCUUUUAUACAUAUUGAUUUUUUAUUGUAAAUACUUUAUUCUUUCAAUUAUUUCGUUUGAAUUACAUAAUCCUACAAAAUACAAAAGCUUUCCUAGAACAUGCUCACUGUAAUUUCUCCCAGUACUCAACUUUUGAAGAAACUACCAAUUUUACUUCUCGUUUUAUUUUUCCAAUACCCGUUGCUUAGGUUCUUCAAAUUACAGCCACCUCCUAUAUUUUUAAUCAUACUACAGAGAAGUAGUUUUCUUUUUUUUUAAGUUUAAGUUUUCAUUGGUAAUUUUCUUACAGAUAUUUAACAGCAUUUUACUUUGCCCUUCUCCAAGAUUAUAACUUUGCGAUUUAAUAUGUUCCUGUGGUCUGGUAAAAGAGGUAGCCAUGGUUACAGCAGUCUCCUUUCACUUGCCCGAUACAGGUCUAAUUUGUACUGACUUCCCAUAAUGUAUAUGUUAUGUGUUCCUUGAAUGUUGAUCUAUAUGUGAAAUGUGAUAAUAUAUCUGUGGAUAUUUAUGUACGUAAAUAAAAUUAUAUUUUACA